AUGGCAGUCCAAUCCGAGUUCAUGCGACCCGCAGCUCUCACCAUCAUUAUCCUGCUGACCGCAGUGACACCAUCUUCGCCGUGGGUCGUUCCCCAGCCGAAAAAGAAUGUUUGGAAGACUCUCGCCGACGCCCUCGGCCAAGAUAACAUCUGCCUCACCACCGCAUCAGCAGCAGACCCCUUGUCCACCUGCCUUGCCAUUGUGAAACUGAAGAACUUCAUGACACCAAAUAUCCAUUGUGACACAGCAGGGCAUAAUUGGAACAAAGGCACCACUGUUGACAGUAUGGAAAGUCAUGGAGCCGGGGGCCAUUAUGGCUUUGCUGAACCAGCACAGGCCUUUCAGAAAGUGCUACAUUCUGAAUCAAUGUUCCAGGCUGCAGACACAAGGAAACAUGGCAUGGGGUUUUUCCUGCUCCUGCUGCGUUUGACAUCCUCAGCAGAGGAGAUGAGGAGGUACCACAGGCAAAGGGCAGCUGGGCUUCACCCUUCCAUAGGAACAAGAGCAGAAUGCAGGCCUCAGUUUGCUUUCACCUGGAGGGGCGUGCAGUACACCUGGAACCGACUGCCCCAGGGGUGGAAACGCAGUCCCACUAUCUGCCAUGGACUGAUCCAGGCUGCACUGGAAAAGGGUGAGGCUCCAGAACACCUGCAGUACAUCGAUGACAUCAUUGUGUGGGGGAACACAGCGGCAGAAGUGUUUGAGAAAGGUAAGAGGAUCAUCCAGAUACUGCUAGAAUCUGGCUUUGCCAUCAAGAAGAGCAAAGUCAAGGGACCUGCCCGAGAAAUCCAGUUCCUGGGAGUGAAAUGGCAAGAUGGACGGCGCCAGAUUCCCACUGAGGUCAUCAACAAGAUCACCGCUAUGUCCCCACCAACCAGCAAGAAGGAAACACAAGCUUUCCUAGGUGCCAUAGGUUUUUGGAGGAUGCACAUUCCCGAGUAUAGCCAGAUUGUGAGCCCUCUUUACCUGGUUACCCGCAAAAAGAACGAUUUCCACUGGGGCCCUGAGCAGCAACAAGCCUUCACCCAGAUCAAGCAGGAGAUCGCUCAUGCUGUAGCCCUUGGCCCAGUCAGAACGGGACCAGAAGUCAAAAAUGUGCUCUACUCUGCAGCCGGGAACAAUGGUUUGUCCUGGAGCCUUUGGCAGAAGGUGCCUGGUGAGACUCGAGGUCGACCAUUGGGAUUCUGGAGCCGAAGUUUCAAAGGGUCCGAAGCCAACUACACCCCAACAGAGAAGGAAAUCUUGGCUGCCUAUGAAGGAGUUCAAGCCGCCUCAGAGGUGAUUGGCACGGAAGCACAACUCCUCCUGGCACCCCGACUACCAGUGCUGGGGUGGAUGUUCAAAGGAAAGGUUCCUACUACCCACCACGCCACCGACGCCACAUGGAGCAAAUGGAUUGCCCUCAUCACCCAGCGCGCCCGUAUUGGAAACCUGAAUCGCCCUGGGAUUUUAGAGAUAAUUACGAACUGGCCAGAAGGUGAAAACUUUAGUCUCACUGACGAUGAGGAGCAGGUACAAGCGACAAGAGCUGAAGAAGCUCCACCCUAUAACCAACUACCAGCAGAGGAAACACACUACGCUCUUUUCACUGACGGUUCUUGUCGCAUCGUAGGGAUGAACCGGAAGUGGAAAGCAGCCAUAUGGAGCCCCACACGACAGGUUGCACAAGCUACCGAAGGAGAAGGUGGAUCGAGCCAACUUGCUGAACUCAAGGCCGUUCAGCUGGCCCUGGACAUUGCUGAAAGGGAGAGGUGGCCAAAGCUCUACCUUUAUACUGAUUCAUGGAUGGUAGCCAAUGCUCUAUGGGGCUGGCUGGGAAGGUGGAGAAAAGCCAACUGGCAACGUAAAGGAAAACCAAUCUGGGCUGCUGAUAUAUGGAAAGACAUUGCCUCUCGGGUGGAGAAACUAACGGUGAAAGUCCGUCAUGUAGAUGCCCAUGUCCCCAAAAGUCGGGCUAAUGAGGAACACCGAAACAACGAGCAGGUAGAUCAGGCAGCGAGAAUAGAAGUGUCAAAGAUAGACUUAGAUUGGCACCAUAAGGGGGAGUUGUUCCUGGCUAGAUGGGCUCACGAUGCCUCGGGUCAUCAGGGCAGAGAUGCCACCUACAAGUGGGCACGAGACCGAGGGGUGGAUCUAACCAUGGACAGUAUUUCCCAGGUUAUCCACGACUGUGAGACAUGUGCUGCCAUCAAACAGGCCAAGCGGGUGAAGCCCCUGUGGUAUGGGGGGCGGUGGUCCAAGUACAAGUAUGGGGAGGCCUGGCAGAUUGACUACAUCACACUGCCCCAGACACGCCAAGGCAAGCGCUACGUGCUGACCAUGGUGGAAGCCACCACUGGAUGGCUAGAGAUCUACCCUGUACCUCAUGCCACUGCCCGGAACACCAUCUUAGGCCUGGAAAAGCAAGUCCUAUGGAGACAUGGCACACCUGAAAGGAUUGAAUCUGACAACGGCACCCAUUUCAAGAACGGCCUUAUCAACACCUGGGCCAGAGAACAUGGUAUCGAAUGGAUAUAUCAUAUCCCCUAUCAUGCUCCAGCUGCUGGCAAAGUUGAACGGUGCAACGGACUCCUUAAGACUACCCUGAAGGCACUUGGUGGGGGAACAUUUAGAAACUGGGAAAAUAACCUAGCAAAAGCAACCUGGAUGGUCAACACCCGAGGGUCCAUCAAUCAAGCUGGCCCUGCCCAGUCUGAACCCUUGCACACAAUAGAUGGAGAUAAAGUCCCUGUGGUACAUAUGAAGGGUAUUUUAGGGAAAGCUGUCUGGAUUAAUCCCACCUCAGGCAGAGACAAACCCAUCCGUGGGAUUGUUUUUGCUCAAGGACCUGGUUACACUUGGUGGGUAAUGCAGAAAGAUGGGGAAACCCGUUGUGUACCACAGGGAAACCUGGUCUUAAGUGAAAACUGAGUAUAAGAUUUCAUUGUGACACAGAUGGAAAUAGAAUAAGGGGUGGAUAAUGUCCUGGCUUGUAAAAUAAGCAUGUAUUCUAUUUUGCCAUCUGUUGGGGGUUAGGCAGUUUUUUCUUAUCUCUUUCAAGAACAAUGACACUGCCCGGAAGAUAAUAUCCUGCUAAUGGGCUAUAUAAUGUCCUGGCUUGUAAAAUAAGCAUGUAUUCUUUUUUGCCAUCUGUUGGGGGUUAGGCAGUUUUUCUUAUCUCUUUCAAGAACAAUGACUCUGCCAGGAAGAUAAUGUCCUGCUAAUGGGCUAUUGAAUUACUCAUUGUGGCUGGUAAGAUUAGUUACAUCAUCCCAUUGGGAGAUGCUCCACCCAGAGGGAGGAGCCAAGCAUCCCUGCCACCAUAAAACAAGCAUUUCCGAGACCACAGACAGCCUUCUUCGCUGGAUUUCCGAGAGGAAUCAGGAACCGAGGCCCAGCUGCUCCUUCGCCGCAUUUUCGGAAGGGAUCUACACCCUUCUGCAGAUCGCCGCUCCAGGAGGAGCAGCCACCAUUUGGCUGGACUGCUAUCAGCACCCUGACUUCUCAGGGUGCCAGGUUUUUCUCACUCUGCCAGU